AUGCCAAGUUUUCAGAAGGUACCGGAAAGCCAGAAAGACGUGAACUUGGAUGGUGUCAAAUAUGCUCCCCGACAAAAAAGGAAGGAAACUGGAAUAGAAGGUAGUUCGGUAUCAUUACAAAUUUCUGAUGAAGAACAGAAUCAUGUUCAGCCGGAGACCAUGCACCGAGUACAAAAUCUAGAUGUGACAACAGCACCUCGUAAUCCCAAGGGACCAGGAGAGUAUGGUGUGUCCGUGAUAACGAGGCCAGAGGACGAGGCUAAGGUAAAGACUGGCUGGAAACACGCCUCCUUCAAUGAAUUCGUCAGUGACAUGAUAUCUGUAGAGCGAGCUAUUCCAGAUGUAAGACCAGAAGAAUGCCAAGACAAACUGUAUUCGGACAGUCUUCCUUCUACAAGUAUCAUAAUAUGUUUCACGGAAGAGUCUUGGUCAACGUUGGUUAGGAGUGUACAUAGUGUCAUCAACCGAUCUCCACCACAACUCAUCAAGGAAAUCAUAUUAGUCGAUGAUUUUAGUUCCAGAGAAUACCUAAAAGCUCCAUUGGAUAAAUAUAUGAAGAGGUUCCCGCAGGUUAAAAUUUUACGUCUUGAAAAUCGAGAAGGUUUGAUCCGUGGUAGACUCCGUGGCACGGAGAUCGCACAGGGAGAGGUUUUGACGUUUCUAGACUCUCACAUCGAGUGUGGCGUUGGUUGGUUAGAACCUAUGCUGCAGAGAAUUAAAGAAGACCGUAGGAACGUGGUAGCGCCAAUGAUCGACGGGAUUGAUGCCACAAAAUUCAGCUAUGCUGCCUCCAAUCUUAUACGUGGUGGUUUCUCGUGGGAGAUGCAGUUCAAGUGGAAACCGAUACCGGAUUAUGAAAUGAAAAGACGAAAAGAUGAAACAUGGCCGAUAAGGUCACCGACGAUGGCAGGAGGUCUGUUUGCUAUUGACAAAAGUUAUUUUUUAGAAAUUGGUACAUACGAUCCGGGAUUAGAAAUAUGGGGAGCUGAAAAUCUGGAACUUUCUUUCAAGAUAUGGAUGUGUGGAGGUAACCUUGAAAUGAUUCCAUGUUCCCAUGUUGGUCACGUGUUCCGUGCCAGUCAGCCAUACAAAUUCCCCGAAGGAAACAUAAAAACGUUUAUGCGCAAUAACAUGCGUGUGGCCGAAGUCUGGAUGGACGAAUACAAGGACAUAUUUUACGCACUCAAACCCCAGCUGAAGGGAGAAGACUAUGGUGACGUCACUGAAAGGAAAGAACUUAGAGACAGACUUCAAUGUCAUGAUUUUAAGUGGUAUCUUCAGAAUAUCUACCCGGAGUUGCCAAUACCCGACCUCAAAGUUCAAGCAAGGGGAGAGCUUAGAAACCUUGGUAAGAUUGGUUACUGUAUGGACACGAUGGGUGCUAAUGCCAUGUGCGCACAUCCAUGCCAUGGAAUAGGACAUAAUCAGAUGUUCUCAUUUUCCUGGCAACAAAAGAUUUGGUUCGGCGAGCUCUGUUUAACAUCGUCCCCGUAUCAAAGGGCCUCUAUUCAACAGAUAUUUGCAAACCAGUGUAACUCACCCAGAGUGAUUCACUGGCAACACACAGUGAAUGGUAAAAUGAUGGACACAAAAACUGGAAAAUGUUUAGACAUUGGGACUGAUCAGAAAUUCCUAAUCCUGAAGACUUGUGAGAAUAGUGCCACGCAGAAUUGGAAAUGGGGAAUGUACUUUGACAGAGAUGGAAACAAAAUAAACGAACUGCCAGUGAUGUAA